AUGCAGGGUGAGUGUGCUCAAGCAUUACAAGAGAAUGCUAUGUGCGCUUUAGCAAAUAUUUCUGGUGGUUUGUCUUAUCAUCAGCUCGCCGAAUCUACCAAACCGUCAGAUCCUUUGGUGGUUGAAGAGACAUUACUCAAACAAUUCAAACCUCGCUUGCCUUUCCUUGUGCUAGAACGGACCAUCAAAGCUCUUGCUGGUUUAUACGGUAAUUCCGUACUCUCAACUAAACUAGCAAAUUCCGAUGCAAAACGUUUGCUUGUUGGUUUGAUAACUGUGGCUGCCAAUGAAGUGCAAUAUGAGCUUAUAAAAGCUCUGUUGACAUUAUGCAAAAGUGAAUGCAGUCUAUGGUGUGCGCUUCUAGGCCGUGAAGGAGUUCAGCAAUUGAUAUCACAUCUGGGACUUUCAUCAGAACAGCAACAAGAAUGUGCUAUUGCCUUGCUCUGUUUAUUGUCUGAUGAAAAUGUUGAAAGUAAAUGGGCCAUUACUGCUGCUGUUGGUAUACCUCCACUUGUUCAAAUUUUGGAGUCGGGAUCUGCCAAAGCAAAGGAAGACUCGGCAGCAAUUCUUAGGAACUGGGUUUGCUGUCCACUGAAAGAUGCUGAAGGAAUUAAUAAUAGGCUUGAGGUGGUAGAUCAUUUAAUAACUUUACCUGAAGUUGUGUUUCAUAUUGCACAACAUCUUUGCAAGCUUCCAGAUUUGGAACUAUUACUUGGUUGGACCAAGUCUAGCCUUAAAGUAUCAAGCUCUAUCUUACUUCCUUUGUUGGCAAAGAAAAUAUUGAAAAAGAGGGUGAAAGUGUUUGGGUCUCUUGUAAAAGGCCUUCAGACUACUUUGAGUUUGCUGCUUCUACUACAGAAAGAGAAGUCUCUAAUAUCAUCCUUGACCAAAAUUGUUAAACUUCCUGUUCUGACUGGCAGUGAUGGGCUCGAUCAGUUCCUUACUCAGUUUGAAGCAGCUGUAGACAGUGACUUCCCAAAUUACCAAAAUCAUGAUGUUACGGAUACAGAUGCUGAAACACUCACAAUACUUGCUGAAUUAUUUUUGGAGAAAGCUGCUCAAUGGGUCGAAGUUGUUCAUGCCAUCAACUACAUUGAUGUGCUAAGAUCUUUUGCUGUUACUUCUAGCUUUUCUUGUGGAACUGUGUCUAGGCCUGUUGUAGUGCCAACAUCAAAAGGUACAAGUAAAGAUAGUGGAGUGCCUGAGCUCAAAAUGAAGGGACUAUGGCAUCCAUUUGCUCUUGGAGAGAGUGGGCGUGUGCCUGUUCCAAAUAACAUAAUCCUGGGUGAGAACGAAGACAUGCAACAUCCUCGCACAUUGCUUCUAACAGGGCCAAACAUGGGUGGAAAAUCAACACUUUUGCGUGCUACCUGUCUAGCUGUUAUUAUGGCCCAGUUAGGUUGCUAUGUCCCUUGUGAAAAUUGUGUUCUCUCAGUUGUGGAUAUCAUCUUCACACGGCUUGGAGCCACAGAUAGAAUCAUGGCAGGCGAUACCUUCUUUAUUGAGUAUACAGAAACUGCAUCAGUACUUCAGAAUGCUACUCAAGAUUCUCUUGUUAUCCUUGAUGAAUUGGGUCGGGGAACAAGCACUUUUGAUGGAUAUGACAUUGCAUAUGCUGUAUUCCGACAUCUGAUUGGAAAGGUUAACUGUCGCUUGCUAUUUGCCGCACAUUACCAUCCGCUAACAAAAGAAUUUGCCUCUCAUCCACAAGCUAUCAAAUCCCUGCAAAAAAGAGAUGUUUUCCUCCAAGUUAACAACACCACACAAAAUCAGUUUACAUAAAAAAAACAUAUCCUAUUUUCAUCUAAGUGAGUUACAGUGGUGAAUUGUUUCUUACCAACAGUGAAGUUUUGGAAAUGAAGAGAAUUGAGGGAGGGACCACCAACUGGGGAUGAGGACAAAACUUUCCAACCUCCGGACACUCCACUCCUCCGAAAGAAAACACAGCAGAGGAAAGAGAUGAGUAGCAUAUAAAAGGGAAAUUACUAUUCACAGAGAAUCCUAAUUUUUGAGAGAGGAGCCGCUACUGUUCACUAAGAAAAAAAAGGAGCCGACGGCAAGGAGAAAAGAAAACCAUAGUUUUUCUUGAUGAAGAACGGACAAGAAGAUCAAAGACCGGUUCAGACGAAACCUUACCUACAUCCGUCGGUUAAUCUCGCCGCAACCGGUUAGUUUCCUUUUCGAAUUUCUAUUUCCAUUUCUCCGUUUUAGCUUCCUUAAAGCUUCCAUUUGUUUGGUUAACUUCUGUAAAAUUUUGAUGUUCAAAGGGAAAGAAAAAUGAUUGCUGGACUAAGAUGAAUAUGUUUCCCAGAACCUGCUACUGUUAUAUUUGUUAUUUAAUUAUAUUCAACGCCUGUUUAUUAUAUGGUUAUUAUAUUUA